GCGGGUGGUGGGCCUGCGCCCGCCCCAAAGCCAGGCCGGAGAGCCGUGGAGCGGAUGCAGAAGAGAAACGGCACUCAGGAACGGGGAGGAGGCAAAAUGGCGGCCGUGGGUGUUGGUGUCGCCGCGGUGAAACUCCUGGUGGGCUCCGAACUGAGGGUAACGGUGGACCACAUCGUCGAAGAUGCGUUGGUCGUGUCCCUGCGCUUCGAAGAGAAGCUCUUCUCGGGGGUUCUAAUGGACAUUUCUAGAAGGUUUGGACCAUAUGGAAUUCCUGUGACUGUACUUCCAAAAAGGGAAUACAAGGAUAAAGCUGAUCUACUGCAACUACAGUGUGAACCAUUCCAGCAACAGACCCAAAAAAAUUCAAAAUCUACAGCUAUCCAUGAUGAAGCAUCUCUAGAACCUGCCACACAGGCCGAUGUUGCUGAAAGCCUGUGGACUGCAAAAUCUGCGCCAUUAUUUUAUGAAGGAGCACCUUACCCUCCUCCUUUGUUUAUCAGACAUACAUAUAACCAGUCUAUACCUCAGCCUCCACCAAGAAGGAUUAAGCGACCUAAACGAAAAAUGUUCAAAGAAGAGUCUACUUCCAUAAUGAACUCUAUUAAGCUUAGACCAAGGCAAGUUCUAUGUGACCGAUGCAAAAAUAGCAUUUCUGCAGAUAAAAAGGAGUUCAGAAGGGGUGGCAGUACAAAUGAUAAUUCUCGACACGAGGACAAAAAAAGGAAAAAUGACAGUGUACCUAAUAUGUCAAAGAGACUGAAAAUGGACCACAAAGUAGAAGCGAAAACUCAGUGUGAUGGUCAAAAGCGCAAUACUGUCAUUAAAAUUACAAAUUUAUCUCCAGGCAAGGGCAAAGUUGUCAAAAUUUCAUCUCAAGUACACAGUUCUAAAGUGCAGUUGAAUCCCAAGAAAGUGUUACAGAAUAAGAAUGUAGAUCACACGAAAGCCAGGGAAGUGUUAAAAAUAGCCAAAGAGAAAGUUCAAAAGAAACAGCAGCAGGACGUUUCAUCUUCUGGCAAUUCCAUUCCCAAAAUUCAUUUUACACGGCGCUUUCAAACCACCAACUCUGGCUCACUCCCUCCAAGGAUCCGCUUAAAGCCACAGAGAUACAGGAAUGAGGAAAAUGAUUCUGCUUACAAGGCUAAACUUGAAAGACUACGCAGCUGCAAGACAGCCUCCAAAACGCCGCCUCGCUGCACCUCCUCCCGCUCAGCAGGUGAGCAGCCUCCUGAAAAAGAUAGUCCCACAAAAGGGUUGGAACAGUCCACUGAUGAGAAUAAAGACACCAGGGAAAUAAAGUGGCCUUGUGAGCAGGAUGAAAAACAAUUGGGGAAAAGGGGCAGCAGAGGCAAUAUAACUGUUUAUAUGACCUACAGUCAAAAUAAAUCAGACUCUUCCACUUUUUCAGUUUGUAGUAGUGAUAGCGCAGAUGAUCUAAAAUCCUCCAACUCAGAAUGUAGCUCUACUGAAACAUUUGACUUUCCACCAGGCAGCAUGCAUGUACCUUGCUCCUCCUCUUCCUCCUCCUCAAAAGAAGAAAAACUCACUAAUUCCUUGAAAAUGAAAGUCUUUACCAAAAAUGUCUCUAAGUGUGUGACUCCAGAUGGCAAGACCAUAUGUGUAGGGGACAUUGUGUGGGCCAAGAUUUACGGUUUCCCCUGGUGGCCUGCCCGCAUACUUACCAUAACUGUAAGCCGGAAAGAUAAUGGCUUUUUAGUAAGGCAGGAGGCCAGAAUUUCAUGGUUUGGGUCCCCAACAACAUCUUUCCUGGCUCUUUCACAAGUCUCCCCGUUUUUAGAAAACUUCCAGUUACGGUUUAACAAGAAGAGAAAGGGCCUUUACCGUAAGGCCAUCACAGAGGCAGCCAAGGCUGCAAAGCAGCUGACACCUGAGGUGCGGGCCCUGCUGACACAGUUUGAAACAUGAAAACAUCAAAGAAGCCCGGCGACACUAAGGCUCUGGCUGCUCUUUUCCUAUGAUGUCCACUACACUGCCAUAUAUUGAGCUGCAACAUGCAGCAACCAAACAUGCAGCCACCUGAAUACGACACCUUGUCCAGAGUUCAAAUUUUGGGAAGUUCUUUGAGAGGGAGAAAAUUUAAACAAAAAUCAUCUGUGACUUUUUAGUCAUAAUUAAAAUAAACCUGACACUUGUACUUACUGUACAUUGCUUUCUCACAUGGAAAAUGGAAGAUAUUUUUAAAAAAAAGAUUUUGCAAUACUUAAUGCAUGUUAUGAGAUUUUUCUGACACAUAUAUAUUCAAUAUAUAUGAUCCACUUGAAAUGAGAGUUCUUUCUUAGAAAUUCUUUUCAUGUGAUGUGCCCUGUUUAAAAUGGAUGAAUCCAAUUUUAAUGAAUCCAGUACUGUAGCCUUUUUUUUAUACAAAUCCUAAGCAUUGGAUUUUAAUUAUGAAUUCAGUUUUAGAAAUUGUGUCAGGGAUUUUUUUUUUACAUGUAGUACUGUAUUUGCUUUCCACUGGCUUUUGCUUGGUUGCUUAAUAUUUAAGCUAUGGUCCAUAUUUUAGUUUUUGUCUUCAUAUCAAAAGGAGCCCAAGGUCAAUGUUUCACGAACUUGAAUACAUUUAAUUAUGUGAUUCAGCUUUAAAGUUUGCAUAAAAUUGAAUGUUUUAAGAAUGUGGUGUACAACAGU